AGAAGAAGUAGGAGGAGGAGGAGUCUGUUUGUUGACAUCGGACGAAAAGGAAAAUCAGAUGAGUGAAGACUGGUGAUAAUAACUCAAUUUCUCGCCGUCAUCGGGACACAUAGCCUUGGCGAAAGCUAAGUGCUUGCCUCUUAAGGUCCCCUGCACUGCCCUGUCUUUGAUCUGAGCCGGAGAAGAAGAGGCUAACAUGGCAACCAAAGCAGGAGACAACCCAGAGAGCCUCAUGACUCUAGCAACGGUCUUCUGCCUGAGGAACCUCAGGAAGACCAUGUGCUACCAGGGCUUCAGGAACAAGGUCUGCCUACGCUCAGACAUCUUCCUUCCCAGCGAAAUCUGUGACAAGUUGGUCAACACAUAUAUGGAGUUGGUCCACACAGACAGUAACUUUGAACCAGAGGAGAGCUUCUUCCAGCUAUUCUCAGACCCUCGAAGCACCAGACUGACCAGGGUACAGCUGAGAGAAGACUUUGUGCGUGACAGAGAUCUGGAGGCCAUUAGGAAACAGGACCUGAUUGAGCUCCACCUCACCUACUGCAACAGCCUGUCAUCCCGCAGCUUGAAAACGCUGACCUGCUUCCGCGAGACCUUGGUGUCUCUCUGUCUUUUUGGCUGCAGCCACAUCUUCUACAGGAAGGGCGGCGCCCCACUCGCCUGCAACGAAGACACCGAUGACGAGGAGGAGGAGAGCCCCGCUUCUAGGCAAGCUUUAGAGACGGACUUUAACUUCCAGGGGUUCAACCGCCUCAGAUUGCUCAACCUGGGUGGCCUGCCUGACGAGGUGGACGCCGAGACCCUGCUCAAACCCCUGAAGUCACUCACCUCACUAGAUCUGUCUAAUGUACAGUUGCUGGGAACAGCUUUUCUCACCCAGUGGAAAGACAGACUGGCCUCUCUUGUCCUCUACAAUGUGGACCUGUCAGAGGAUUUGGUCAGUACAGUGGUGGAGCUUGUUAAUCUCAGGCAUCUUGACAUCUCGCGGGAGAGCAGGCGGACCUCCAAGUGUAAGAUGACCAGGAAAAUCCUGACGGCAGUCGUACAGCGUCUGGUCAAUCUGGUGUCACUGGACAUCUCAGGUCAUAUUAUGCUGGACAAUUGCACAGUGCCACACUUUGACGAAGCUAUGGGGCGACCGAGCAUUGAGCCGUGUAAGAGCAGCAUCUAUCCUUUCCAGGAGCUGAAGAGGCCUCUGCAGUUUCUGGGCUUAUAUGACACCACCCUCUGUAAUGUGACACACAUCCCUGCUUAUAAGGUGACUGGAUCAAAGAAUGAAGACCAGGUCCUGAAUGCUAUCGAGGCUUACACAGAGUUUCGCCCUGAGCUGGCCCACAGAGCCAUCAAUCAGCUGUUUGACAUUGCCAGGAUACAGCACUGCAGCCAGCUGCUUCGAGCUUUGCAACUCGUCAUAGCAGCUUUGAAGUGCCAUAAAUAUGAUAAGAGCAUCCAGGUGACCGGCAGCGCCGCUCUGUUCUACCUGACCAACACAGAGUACCGCAGUGACCAGAGCAUGAGGUUGCGCAGAGAGGUCAUUCAAGUGGUACUAAAUGGAAUGGAGCAGUACCAGGAGGUCACUGUCCAGAGGAACUGCUGCUUGACCCUGUGUAACUUCAGUAUUCCAGAGGAGCUGGAGUUCCAGUACAGUCGGGUCAACCAGCUGCUGCUGAAAAUCCUGGAGCCAGCCAGGCAGGAUGAGUCCAUCCAGAGAAUCGCUGUUCACCUCUGCAAUGCUUUGGUCUGUCAGGUGGACAACCAUCAUAAGGAGGCUGUGGGGAAGAUGGGAUUUGUUAAGACAAUGUUGAAUUUAAUUCAGAAGAAGCUACAAGAUAGAACGUGUGACCAGGUGAUGGAGUUUUCCUGGAGCGCCCUGUGGAACAUCACUGAUGAGACACCCGACAACUGCCAGAUGUUCCUCAACUGUCGGGGAAUGAGCCUCUUUCUGGAGUGUCUACAGGAGUUUCCAGACAAGCAGGAGCUUCACCGCAACAUGCUUGGCCUUCUGGGAAAUGUUGCUGAAGUCAGAGCUCUGAGGCCACAGCUGCUCACCCCGCAGUUCAUCACUGUAUUCAGUAACCUGCUGGACAGCAAGGCAGACGGGAUCGAGGUGUCGUACAACGCAUGCGGCGUGCUGUCACACAUCAUGUUCGACGGGCCGGAGGUUUGGUCGAUGGAAGAGCCAAAAAGAGACACGGUGAUGGACAAGAUGUGGGAUGCCAUCCAGAGCUGGGAUGUCAGCUCACGCCGCAACAUCAACUACAGGUCAUUCGAGCCCAUCCUGCGACUGCUGCCCCAGGGCAUCUCCCCAGUCAGUCAACACUGGGCCACAUGGGCUCUCUACAACCUGGUGUCAGUUUACCCAAGCAAGUAUUGUCCCCUGCUGAUAAAAGAAGGAGGGAUAAAUCUUCUUGAGAAAGUCCUGGAACUGGACAGCUCUCAUCCAGAGACCAAGGAGAUGGCCAGGAAAGUAAUGGAGCAGUGUGCAAACUUCAAAGAAGACCCCAUGGAAACGAAUCAUGGACAGGAGGUAAACUAUGGACAAAGAGGUUGACCUCACAGGAGCCGUGAUUCCCAGCAAACAUCAAGCAAACCUAUCCUAAGGCCCUGCCUUCUGUCAUCACCACAUGGGUCAAUCUGUGUGCAUUAUUCUUUCUCUUAUCAUUCUUAUUAUUUCGUAGAGCAGAACUGUGUCUUUGACCCUCUCCGCAGCAGUUUGGACAAAACUUUAAUAUAUGACACAUAGGAUUUAAGAUGUGGUGCAUGGUGUUUUGUUGUGAGGGUGCUUUACCUUGGCUGCAAAUGAGCAUCUCUUCUGUUAGGACGGGUGUGCGGGGGUGGGUGACUCAGUGUGUGUGUGCGUGCGUGUGUGUGUGUGUGUGUAUCACAAAUUUAACGACAGAACAAAGCAGUCGGAGUGAUGCUUAAUUCUCAGUGGAAGGAAAUUAAAGCCCUCCUGAGCUCACUUACCGUAAACUGUUAACUUGGAACGAAAGGCUCAAAGGCCGCGUAGUGUCCCGCACCGCCAUUAGAGGUCUCAGCUCUCACACUGCUCUUUCACACUCAUUCAUGCUCAUGGAGGCCACUGAGCUGCGGACGGAUGUACAGUGAAUAUUAGCCAUUUACGUGUGUAGGCUGCAGAGAAGCAUCACACCGAUGUUGACGGGAGGGGAGUCUUCCCAAACCUUGUGGCACAAUGAUGGACUUCUUUGUUAAAUAUGUAAAUAAUCUGUUUGUCUCAUCCUUUUACUCUAUGUUUUAUAACUGUAAACACUCAUGACUUUACUCUUUAUUUAAAUUUGUUUAGCUUUGACUGAUACAUGGUCAGUGCUAAGAAACUAUAUACAGAAUACCCAAUCAUUCAGAUAUUGUCUAAGAAAUCCUGCAGACUCUUUGUUCUUUAAAGGAUCAUUUAGAUUAAGUUCAACCUUGCUUUUAGUUUGAAUUAUCUGGCAUUUUAACCUGAUUCUGUUGAUUCUUCUAACUGGAAGCAGUACUGAGCUUCAGCUAUGAAAGAGGCCAAAACCCCCAAAGAAAACACACAAUAUGGCCAAAAGUAUGGGGACACUAUACGCCCCCACUGCACGAAGCCAGCUCCAUAAAAAAAAAUGGUUUUCCAAGUUUGAUUCGGAAGAACCUGACAGACCUUCACAGAACCCAGCACAACCUUAAUCCCAUCCAACACCUGUGGGAUGAAGAGGAAUUCACACUGAGCCAGACCUUAUCACCUGAUAUCAUUUGUACCUCACCGAUGCUCUGGUGUCUGAAUGGGAGUAAAUCCCUGGAGCCAGGUUCAGAAUCGAUGCAGCAAAAGCAGCGAUAUUUUCUUUUUUUUAUUCCACGCAGUUCUCUUCCUUGUCAAAAACCUUGCACCUACAUUACCCACAAUUCAACUUAAUCACGGAUGGCUCAUUCAGAGAUUUAGAUGUGUUAUGCUAGCAGAGGCUAAUGUAGCCUGGUGCAUUGAGUAGGGCUGUCACAAUAACUGCAAUAUUGAAGCGCUGUUGACAAACCAGCUACAGGAGGUGGCAAGCAACCACUGCAACCGCUAUGUUGAUGUUUGAGGCUAGGCCCUUCUUGGUUUACACUUGUGUGUGUGUGUGUGUGUGUGUGUGCGUAUUGAAUAUUAACCCCUUAGACAUCUGAUACUUUGAUUAAUAUUUCUAGAAUGAAAUCAUGUUCUCAUGUUCUGAUGAAUGAAAUUGAUGGCAGCCAUUUUGACUCUUUCUCUACCAAAAAUAAGCUGUGUUGUCGAACCCCGCGUACUGAGCUGAGCCAGUGAGAGUCACAAAAUGGCAGAUUGCCAAUUUACAAACAUAACUGGAGAAGUCCGUGCCGUUUUCUCUAGCCUUUGGAAAUCGAGUGCAGCACGAAAGCACCCUCCAGAGAUGAAAUAAUCUGUAAAGAUAGUAAUCUAACAGUUGUGUGUGUUGUGUCGCACUCUGCCUUAUCCCGAACAGAAACUGCUUGGCAGCAUGGCACCUCUGGAAAGACGAGUGCACAAUAAACAAGUAUUUAAUUUGUUUUAAAACUGUGUCAUCUUUGUUAUUUUCAAGCAACCACGUACCUAAAAAUAGCAUAACAAUAAAACGUACUUAUAAAGCUCAAAAAUCAGGACAUAUGAAGAACAAACAAAAAACAGGCGCUAAUACUAAACAUCGCAUUGUUGAACCACCGUAAUUCACCACAGGGGAAGUUCCCACACCGUGACAGCCCUAGCCUCUCACCUUAUUCGCAGAUGAGAAGCAGGUUCCCCAACACCUGGACCUGGAAACACACUUUGAUGUGUUUCCGGGGGGGUCAGGUAUGAUGCUAGAUAAUAAAACAGACAAGGUUGAAAGAAACAAUGAUCCUUUAACAUCACCUGAUGGCCCAUCAUUUUUACUGGUAGGUCAACAUGCUGCUAAGUAACUGCUUCACAUAAAUCAAACACCUUUCUCUUGAAAAGCUGAUGGGAGAAAAAUAAAAUAGUGCAUUCACGUGUAUGUUUAAAAAAAAAAAAAAAGAAACUGGGAUGAUCUGUUCAGGAAGUAAUUCAGAAAAUAAGCUGCCAUCCUCACAUGGA